AUGGAUAGUCUUGAUCCCAGAUCAUCAGGACGCUCUGCCAAAGCGUAUGAAAGCAAGACCGUAUCAUAUCACCACGUCUCGGCCCUCUCAGCCAUUCUGAUCAGUUGCAGCUCGCAUCUCGAAGGCCUGAAGCCGCGGAUCGAUAGCGGCAUUUGGGUGAUGGGAGGCGCCACCUUGAGCGCACCUCCUGGCCCGGACGGAGACAAGCAGUUCAACGGAAGCUGUGUCAUUGCAAAGGCACGCUCGAAAGAAGAAGUUCUCCAAGAGCUGUCAAAGGAUGUUUAUGCUCGAGAAGGAAUAUGGAAUCUCGACAAGGUUCAGAUUCAUCCGGUAUGGUAG